UUUUUGAUCACCCUCUUCUUGUUCUCUCUGACUCUCGGGGUUGUAACAAACACAAGAGAAGAAAAAAGGUACAUUGGCUCCCCCGUACCUGAAAAGCUGAAUAAGAUUUGUGCCCUGCCUUUCCAUAUUACAACAAGUCACGGGCAACAGCUUCCACAAUUCCAAUACGGGACGUCCUGCUGACCACUAGUCGCGCUUACAAGGAAACUCCCUCUCGCUCUGCCCGCGGUUGCUUUCCUCUUUACACAGGAAAACACGUAUAUAUCGGCCUCUUUCUAGGUUUUGAGAUACCUCGUCCUCGAACCUUUCCUGCCACGCCCACGCCCCCCUUCUUAUCAUCCGCUGCCUCUUUUCAUCCCGUCUUCAUCUGUCAAAAAACAGCCUGUUCUUGCCAUUGGCUUGUGAGACAACCCACGGCUCCUUUAUCAUUCACCACCACCACAACCGUCAACAACAAAGCUCAGGCCAAGCACCUUACCGUCAAAGUGCCCCGCCGGAUCACCUCUCCGAGACUUUGACAUCAGUCACUCACCUCGGCUUCACCUACACCAGAUUCCACGUCCUACAUAACAAACACCACGCCCCGCGAUAUCUGCACUCCUCCCCGGAAACAGACAGCGUGUCUCUCAUCCUCUAUCUUUUCCUUAUCCCCCUAUACCGACCAACCAACCAACAGUCGGCAAGAAGCAGCUAUCCGAGCCCAUUGUUAGCUCUGCAUCUGCUUUCCUACCUGAUCCCGUAUAUCUGAAUCGGAUCAGCAUCGCGCUAGUCUACCGAAGACGCAAGGUACGCCCGUCCGAGUUCACCUUCCCCAACUCCAAAUUCCCAUGCCCUUUCACCUCUCGUUGGCCCCCCCCUGCCCAUCCCUUAUCAGUCCGCCCAUUGCACGAGCCUACGGCGGUGAAGCUUCAAUGCUCCCGUUGCUCUCUCGAUUCCUACCUUUGCGCGCGAUUCCAUUUCCACAACACAGCACCUCUGCUCUACCUUGCGGGCCCUGUACAAUUCCCAGACCGCAUUGUCCAGAGCAAGAAAGCCUGCUCUAGAUCCCCACGACCCAUUACCGGUCCCGGUUCUCGCAGUCAAACGUAACGGGCGCUCGACAAAGCUGUCCUGCCAGCAGUCUGACACUGACUCACAAACAUCAUGUAUUCUUCAGAGCCAGACCCCCUCGAAGAAAUCACCGACAUCAUGGCGACCGCCGCUCCUCCUCGUAACAAGAUGCUGGGCCAGGUUCAGGCCGACUCAGCAGAGAGCAGCCGUGGCCCCUCUCCCCAGCCAACACAUUUCAGCUUGCCCAUGGCUUCUCGCUCAAAUGGCAACGGCCACAGAGUUUUGAGGUCAGCAACUGUUGGCUACAUUGCGCCGACAUUUGUUGGCAAGCAAGAGCAGAUGGAGCAGGUCAAGGAGCUCAUCAAGAACAACGGAUGGAUCCCAGAAGCUCUGAUUGAGGAGCAAGUCACAUGGUUCUACGACGAGCUCGGCAUCGACGAUGUCUACUUCAAGAUUGAAGUUCCCGAGGUCAUUGCCAGCCAAAUCACAUCUCUGUACGCCGCCAAGGUGGCCGCCUUCGCCCGCGAGGAUAAGCGCGAGGAGAUUAGACUCGACAUGGAGGCGCAUGACCACGCAAUCUACAUCGACACAAGCGAGCCCGGCAGAACGUCCAUUGCUGGACCCCGCUACGAACAGCGCCUCGAGGCCAAGUAUCUUGACCACGUUGGCAAGACCAAGUUCCGUGUAGAGACCUUCCGCUCCCCUGGAGUUCUGGGCGCAUCACCAACCUCCAAGGCCACCCUGCGAUGCUACUUUGUCUACCAAUGUCUCUUCAAGCAGAGCCCCGAGACAACGGACCCGCACGAGACCCGUUUGGAGGUUAUCGCCGACAACGGUUUCUUGCAGAAGGCCACCAACAACACCAAGCAGAUCUACCAGGAGAUCAUCGAUCUCGCGGUCAAUAGAACUGGCCCCGUCAUUGAGGUCUUCGACAUUGAGGGCUCUCCUGAGAAGCGCUUGGUCAUUGCCUUCCGCUCUCGUACUGCCCGUGGCCUUUUCUCGGCUCUCAGUGACCUGUACCACUACUACGGCGUCACCAGCUCCAGAAAGUACGUGGAGCAAUUUGCCAACGGUAUCACGGUCAUGAGUAUCUACCUUCGUCCCGCUAUGAACAUUGAGGGCAACUUCCCAUCAUUGGACCAGUCGAUCCACCAGAUCACCAAGGAGAUCUCCCUGCUGUACUGCAUUCCCCAGAACAAGCUGCACUCUCUCUUCACUGCCGGUGAGCUGAGUUUGCAGGAGACCGUCUACGGCCACUGCGUCUGGGUUUUCAUUCAACACUUCCUGAAUCGUUUGGGUUCUGAGUACAUCUCCCUGUCAGAGAUUCUGGACCCCAAGAACCAGGCUCACACAGCACUUCUGUCCAAGCUGAAGCGCCGUUUGAGGACGGAGACUUUCACUCCCGACUACAUUCUGGAAAUCAUCCAAUCGUACCCCGGGCUUGUCCGCGCCCUCUACGCUUCUUUUGCCUCGGUGCAUCUUGCCGUCGGACCCGACUUUGACCGUCACUUCAUCGCCCCCACCCCGGCCAUUGAGGUCUUGUCCGAUGCCAAGCUCAAGGAGCGCAUCACUCGCGAUGUUUCCAACGAGCACGAGGAGAUGGUCAUGACCGCCUUCCGCGUCUUCAACAACGCCAUUCUCAAGACCAACUACUUCACCCCCACCAAGGUUGCCCUGAGUUUCCGCCUGGAUCCCUCUUUCUUGCCUGAGAUCGAGUAUCCCAAGCGUCUCUACGGCAUGUUCCUCGUUAUCGGCGCCGAGUCGCGCGGUUUCCACCUGCGCUUCAAGGAUAUUGCCCGCGGUGGUAUUCGCAUCGUCAAGUCCCGCAGCAAGGAGGCUUACGGCAUCAACGCCCGCAACCUGUUUGACGAGAACUACGGCCUGGCCAGCACCCAGCAGCGCAAGAACAAGGAUAUUCCCGAAGGCGGUUCCAAGGGUGUCAUUCUUCUUGACCCCAAGAUGCAAGACCGCGCCGAGGAGGCCUUUGAGAAGUACAUUGACAGUAUUCUCGACCUUCUGCUCCCUGCCCAGACUCCCGGCAUCAAGAACCCGCUUGUGGACCUGUACGGCAAGGAGGAGAUCAUCUUCAUGGGACCCGAUGAGAACACGGCAGAGCUCGUCGACUGGGCUACUGAGCAUGCUCGCGCCCGCGGCGCACCCUGGUGGAAGUCAUUCUUCACUGGCAAGUCGCCUAAGUUGGGUGGUAUUCCUCACGACACUUACGGCAUGACAACACUGUCUGUCCGUGAAUACGUCAACGGUAUCUACCGCAAGCUCAACCUUGAUCCCUCGACCGUGAAGAAGAUGCAGACCGGCGGUCCCGAUGGUGACUUGGGCAGCAACGAGAUCCUUCUCAGUACUGAGAAGUACACUUCCAUUGUUGACGGAUCUGGCGUUCUCGUCGACCCCAACGGACUUGACAAGCAAGAGCUUCUCCGUCUUGCCAAGUCACGUUCCAUGAUUGUCAACUUCGACAUGUCCAAGUUGUCCAAGGAUGGGUACCGCGUGCUGGUUGAUGACAACAACAUCAACCUGCCCACUGGAGAGUUUAUCUCCAACGGCACAUCUUUCCGCAACACCUACCACUUGCGCGAUACUGGUCUCACCGACUCCUUCGUUCCCUGCGGUGGUCGCCCCGAGUCCAUUGACUUGAUUUCGGUUAACAAGAUCAUCAAGGACGGCAAGUCGACCAUCCCCUACCUGGUUGAGGGCGCCAACCUCUUCAUCACUCAAGAUGCCAAGCUCCGUUUGGAGGAGGCUGGCUGUAUCCUGUACAAGGACGCCAGUGCCAACAAGGGUGGUGUUACGUCUUCGUCCUUGGAGGUUCUUGCUUCGCUCUCAUUCGACGACGAGAACUUUGUCAAGCACAUGUGCCACGACGCCAAGGGCCAGGCUCCUCAAUUCUACAAGGACUACGUCAAGUCUGUCCAGGCAAAGAUCCAGGAGAACGCCCGUCUCGAGUUCGAGGCCAUCUGGCGCGAACACGAGCAGACCGGUGUUGCCCGCAGCACCCUCUCCGACAACCUGUCCAACGCCAUCACCACCUUGGACGAGGAGCUCCAGCACUCCGAUCUCUGGAAGAACGAAGCCAUCCGUCGCUCGGUUCUCCAGGACGCUCUCCCCAACCUUCUUUUGGAGAAGAUUGGUCUCGACACUAUUAUCGAGCGCGUCCCCGACUCUUACUUGCGCGCCAUCUUCGGCAGCUACCUCGCCUCGAGGUUCGUCUACCAGUUUGGCAGCCAGCCUAGCCAGUUUGCUUUCUACGACUUCAUGGCCAAGCGUAUGGCGAGCGUCAAGCAGUAAUCUCUUUUUCGAUUGCUUUUUGAAUCAGGCGUGUUUCUGUUUUCCCUGCAUGAUAAUGGGUAUUGGAGAAUUGGAUAAGUGAUUUCGUGCUUCCUGGCAUAUACAAGCAUGGGUGGUGCGAAAGAAAAGACAGAGAAAAAGGGGCAUCAUGAUACGGCAAGAAAAAAUUGAGCAAAGGAUCACAGUCCACCGCUUAGAUGGUGUGGAUGAAUUGCAUACUAAUAGGAGUUAUCGGGCAUGGUUAUCACAAGGUUACCUGAUGGUCAAGAAGAUCACAGCAGU